AUGUACUCAGCUACAGUCUCUCAUACAUCAGGAAGAGCUCCCCCCUCUGCUAUUCCACCUCACCCUAUUGCUCAUGAGGGCAUCUUUCUACUCAAUGUUGAUGACAAGAUCUGGCAGGAUAUUGGCCUUGACGACGAUGGUAUGCAUGCACCGGCAUGGUUAUUGGAUGAGGCCACUAGGUCUGGUAUUCAUUUACAACUUGAAGUGGAUUGGUGCGUUGAGGAAGAAACUCGUUUGAUGCAAGAGUGGUCUGUGAUGCAGGAGUGGAUGUUCACAGAGUGGGAGGCCAUAAAAACUGUGUUUGAGGGAUGCGGGGCCCGCGCAGACGAACUUCUUCACAUUUGUGUUGUCUGGAAAGAAGAAAGUUCGAGAGAUCCCUUACCAGGUGCACUCAUCAUUUUCCAGGACGACGAUGAUGAUGAGAGUGUUGGAGUAGAGGAAGAAAGUGACAAGGAAGGGUGA